CUCCUGCGGUCUGAGUCAUGCUUGCAUCUAUUACCUUCUCCAAAAUAAACGGCUUCGUGGCAUGCCGGCUGCAAUUUAUUGUCUACGAGCGUACCUGAAUGCGUCUUCAGCACUUGCCUUUUCCAUACUGAUUGGUCGAACUUAUCGGUCCUCUCAAACUAAUCGGCACAAGCGGAUGGACUAAAGAGCGACCGGUUGAAAGGGGCUGGAGGGCAACACAAACGAACCCUGCUGGUCGCAAGAAACUGUAACCGAAGCCGACGAACUGGAAGGACUCAGCGCGGCGUGGGUGCCUCGGGAUCCUCUGCCUGAGUGUGUGGAGACUAGCGGCCCAAACCCCAGCGACAUGAACCACACCAAGGGCGGCCUGGUCAUCUUCACCGCCAACUCGCACCCGUCCAGCCGCGAGUUGGGCAAGAGGAUCGCCGAGCGAUUAGGGGUGGAGCUCGGCAAGGUGCAGGUGUACCAGGAAGCCAACCGAGAAACACGUGUCCAGAUCCAGGAGUCCGUGCGAGGGAAGGAUGUCUUUGUGAUUCAGACCGUGUCCAAAGAUGUGAACACAACUAUCAUGGAGAUGCUCAUCCUGGUGUAUGCGUGCAGGACAUCUUGUGCAAAAAGCAUCACGGGCGUUCUCCCCUACUUCCCUUACAGUAAACAGUGUAAGAUGAGAAAGAGGGGCUCCAUCGUCUCCAAGCUUAUUGCCUCCAUGAUGUGUAAAGCAGGUCUCACACACCUGAUCACCAUGGACCUCCAUCAGAAGGAGAUUCAAGGCUUUUUCAAUAUCCCAGUAGACAACCUGAGAGCGUCGCCUUUCUUGUUGCAGUACAUCCAAGAAGAGAUCCCCGACUACAGGAAUGCUGUGAUUGUGGCCAAAUCCCCAGCUUCUGCCAAAAGGGCCCAGUCGUUUGCCGAGCGCCUGCGUCUCGGGAUCGCCGUGAUCCACGGCGAAGCUCAGGAUGCCGAGUCGGACCAGGUCGACGGCCGACACUCGCCGCCCACCGUCAAGACCACUGGAGCCAUACACCCGAGCAUGGAGAUACCAUUGUUGAUUCCCAAGGAGAAGCCCCCCAUCACCGUGGUCGGAGACGUCGGCGGCCGCAUCGCCAUCAUAGUCGAUGACAUCAUCGACGACGUCGACAGCUUUGUGGCGGCGGCGGAGACGCUGAAGGAACGGGGGGCCUACAAGAUCUUCAUCAUGGCCACGCACGGCAUCCUCUCCUGUGACGCGCCCCGAUUCAUCGAGGAGUCCGCCAUCGACGAGGUGGUGGUGACCAACACGAUACCUCACGAACUGCAGAAGCUCCAGUGCCCCAAGAUCAAGACGGUGGACAUCAGCAUGAUUUUGUCGGAGGCCAUCCGACGCAUCCACAACGGAGAGUCCAUGUCCUAUCUUUUCCGCAACAUAGGGGUGGAUGACUGAACGAUACGCGUGCGUACACACACACACACACACACACACACACACACACUGUUACAUGCCUUUUGCCUUGUCAGACCUCAAAGCGUGCACUGGAUGUAGACACGUGCACACGCCCAUACACUGAUGUCCUCCAUGUAUUUUAUUUUAUUUUUUUAACCUUACUGUAGAAGCAACGUACACUCCUCACAUAACUGGAGAGAAUUUGGGCCUUCACCCGAAUGUCCCUAAAUCUUGAGAGUGGUCCAGAUGACUGAUAGACAAUUUCUCAAAGUAGUGCUUUUCUUCCCGUGUCUCACCGCGGACGUGUUCCACGUCCUCGGUUUGCCGCUUGUCCCAAGUAAAAUGACUGUUCUCUUCGUAGUCUCGCUCCCGUGUUUCCACUCCAUGGCAAUUGUUUGCAUUGCUUUCUUUCUUCACGUCGUUUGUAGUAUUUGUAGUUGGGGCAAAGCAGAGUAUUCGAGAAAUUCGUCUUUGUCUUAAUUCUCCGAGCAAGUUUAUUUGUCAAAAAAUGUUAAUCCUCCUCAAAUCUUCAGUGUUUCAGCAUUUAGAGCAAUAUUAGCAUGUAACUUUUUAUUUUUAUUUUUUUAAUCCACUCAAAGACACGCAAGUCAGCUGGGGUCAUAGCAGCCACUCGCGUCGGGUUUCGAGCUAAAGUUUCUGGUCAAUGAGUGAGUUGUCUUCAGGAUAAUUGUCAGCGAUGAAUGUCCUCAAAGAAAGAUUGUACCACACACUUGCCGGUGUCUGUGGGCAGGACACUUGCAACACACACGCACACGAAUACGGUCCUUCGCCAUGCAGUCAAGUCAUUCAGGACGGAUCUUGUCCUAAAUCAGGUUUUCAACGAGUCUCGCUCUGCGGCUUGAAAAGCAUCCUGCUGCUAUUCAUUUGAAGUCUUUUGGUCAGUUCCUGUUGCUUUUUGGGGCCGAUGUACAUGCUACUGAUGAGUCCUUCCAGCUCGAUAGAAUGAGAAUUGUGUGCUGUUGCCAUAGUUACAACCGGGGUCAAAUCUGCUACUUGCUAAAUUUGAACUGGAAUUAAUAAACGCUUUUUUCGUUUUUUGGGUAACGUCUUCUGAUGUUACAGAAGUAAUGCAUGACUUUAUCCAUUUAACACUUUGUGCCAUUAUCUGCUCAAUAACCUCGUGUUUGAUGAUCUGCAAUGUCAAUGAAGCGGAUGUCAAUUUGUCCUCCUUUCAAGUCAAAUGUUGUUCUUUCACCUGAGUAAAUAUUUGUAAAAGCCUGUCAUUGAUAAUCUGGUGAAGGGUAAUUGAUCCAACAUCACCGCGAUCAGACACCUCUGGAGUUCGUCCUCAACACGUUUCCAUCAAAGAAAUACAAAGCUAGGACACUGACACUGUUUUUCUAGCGAACAUAUUGACUGAAGCGGGUCUUAGUCACUUUGCCAGAUGAGGUCCCAAAACUGUUUUGUAUUUAUUUUCAGCGCUAACUGAAUAAACGUGAAAAUGAAGACCA